CAGUGACACAAACACACUCCGACACCGCAGGAGAGGAAGUAACUCUAGUGCGCGCUUUAAAAAGAACAAUGCCGAGCAGUAUGUUUUUAUUCGCGACCUGAUUACAUUAUAAUACAGUAAUAGUUUAAUGACAUGAUAUCUAUUUAUUUGCCUAGUAAUCCAACAGUAACCCACUGAAUGGCGAAGAGAGACGCGAGACGCGGCUAAACUGGAGCUGCGACUCCAAGAUGAUGCGACGUCAGUGUGUUUACACUCCCAUCUGCGGCUAAAUAAGUGUGUCUUGCUGAAUAAGAGGUUGUUUUGGCGACAUUGGUCGAUUUAUUAGAGGUUAAAACUGGUUCGUUGGAUGUAAAUCAGGUGAAACCGAGGCGCUGUGUUGCUAGCUGGCCCAGCUUUUUACAGGACUCUCUUUACUCCAGUUGCUGGUGUAUUUUGAGGUCAGUUCCUGCAGUGGCGAUCUUUUCUCUUGGAAAAAUGGCAACAGGCUCUAGUUUUGCCUCUGGAGGGAGUGGAUCUAGAAAUGUACCAUCUUUCGCAGCCUCCUCCACUGGAGUGCCAGGACAGGCUCAGCCGAUGGUGGUGGUUUGGGAAUGGCUGGAUGAUCUGGGCUACUGGAGGCCCUACACUGGACAGGUGUGCGGCUACAUCGAGCAGUGUCUCCAGCAUCAGAGAGGAGCAUCUACAGCCAGCAGCAUCUCACUGGGACAGGUAGACCCCAGUCUGGCUGCAUACAUCAUUGACAUCCCCAACCUUAAACAGUUCAGACAAGACACAGGAAAGAUGCGCUCGGUGCGUCGAAGCCUGUUCCCGCAGUCGUCCGCCCUGGGUAGCGGUGUUCUUUGGGAAUGGGCGAAUGAUGAAGGAAGUUGGACGGCGUACGAGAUACGAACCUCCAUUUUGCUGGAGCACAGUUACCAAGCAGGGCAGGCCACAGCAGACCUCAGCUCACAUGGUUACAACUACAUUGUGGACCUCACAGCUCUUGAGCAGGUCAACAAGUCCUCCAGUUACAGACGGCGCGUAAGGCGGCAGGGCAGUACACCGUAUCCCCUCGCCUCUGGGUCGGUUAUUCAUUCGGGCCCAGCCUGUACCUGUCAGCAGUGCAUGAGCAACAGUAGUUCUGCUGGUCCCAUGCCGAGUCGAUCGCGGCAUUCCUUCUCCGCGGGGCAGACCAACCGACCCAACCUCCAGACCCAACAUGGAAGACUUCCAGGAGCUAGCCCCUCUUCAGUCUACUCGCCCUAUCCCAGAAGACCUCUUUCAGUGGGAAACCUGUUAUGGAGCGGCCCCUGGGGGACCUCCACCUCCAUGGUUCAUCCCCCAGGACCACCACAAGCUUUUGGCCACCAUGCCAACGGUUCAAGUGUUCCAACUGUCCCCUUACAAAUGAACGGAUCCAGUAAUGUGAGUGCGGCACUGGCAGGCAUGGCUUCCAUUUUGAUGUCAGCUGCAGGACUGGGAGUUCGCUUCAUGACAGCCCCGUUCUCCCAGCGUGGCUCCAGCAGGCCCACCAAAGCCCAGCCCAGCUCCGUUAAGAGGGCAAAGAGACAGUCCAGGACAGCCCCUCAGAAGCCAGAAGAAGUCAUUAAGAAAUACAUGGAGCAAGUGCCUGUUGUCCCAGAUGAGGACUGUAUUAUCUGUAUGGAGCGCCUGGCCUGCCCGUCUGGUUAUGAGGUCCCUGCUGAGUGCUCUCAGUCUCUUCAGCCCAACACUGUGAGCAAACUCAUGAAGUGUGGACACACCUUCCACAUGCUCUGCAUGCUGGCCAUGUACAACAACGGAACAAAGGAUGGGAGCUUACAGUGCCCCUCAUGUAAGACAAUCUACGGAGAGAAGACAGGCACCCAACCAAAGGGCAAGAUGGAGAUCUACAGUAUUCCUCAGUCUUUGCCUGGACACCCAGACUGCGGCACUAUACAAAUCAUUUACAAUAUCCCACCCGGAAUACAGGGUCCGGAGCACCCAAACCCAGGACAGCCGUAUACAUGCAGAGGUUUCCCUCGAUUCUGCUUCCUUCCUGAUAAUGACAAAGGCAGAAAGGUACUGGAGUUGCUGAAAGUGGCGUGGACACGGCGCCUCAUCUUCACUGUGGGCACCUCAAGCACCACAGGGGAACCCGACACAGUUAUAUGGAAUGAGAUCCACCACAAGACAGAGAUGAUGUCCAAUGUGUCCGGCCAUGGCUACCCAGACCCCAACUACCUGGACAAUGUGCUCUCAGAACUGGCCUCACAGGGUGUUACAGAGGACUGCCUAAAACGAGACGCACAAAGCCAAGUGGCCCAAGGUUCAGCAAUGUGAACUUUACAACUCGAUCUACUUGUUUGUAGAUCUAAUUAAACUUGAUGAAAAGGGAAAACUAGAGUUGCUAGUAAUGCUGUGCAGCAUAAGGUUGGAUGCAUGUGAAUGCAUCUGUGUUAAUAGGCGAUGAUUUGUCAGUAGGGUUAAAGUGAUAGUUCACCCAAAAAUGAAAAUAAUUUACUCACCCUCAUGGUGUUCUAAACCCAUAUGACUUUCAUUCUUUCAUGGAACAAAAAGGAGAUAUUUUUAAGAAUGUUCUGGUCAUUGUUUCCAUGCAAUUGCAAUGAAUGGGGACUGGGGCGAUCAAGCUUAAAAAAAGGAUACAUAGAUAUAAACAAUCAGACAUUGUUAAUUCUCUCAUGAACUGAAGGCAUAAGAGCUAGGGCGGAUGUUAAGAUUUUCAGUGAAUGAUUUAAAUUUUGAUCUGUUUGUAACAAAGCUAUUUUAUGGCUUCAGAAGACUGAUUAUAGUGCACAAGUCAAAAUAACUACAUUUAUGAUACUCUUGUGGUGUUUUUCCAUCCUUUUUUAAGUUUGAAAGCACCAGUCACGAUUAAUUGUAUUUGCCUGGAAAAGGGCGACCAGUGCAUUCUUCAAAAUAUCUCCUUUUGUGUUCCAUGGAAUAAAAAUAAAAAAAUGAUGACAGAAUUUUCAUUUUUGAUUGAACUAUUCCUUGAAUGGCAUUUCCCUCAUCCAUUCCCCACUGUAUGGCUAGAAUAUCAACACACACAUGGGGACACAGACAUGGUCGUCAUCUUAUUCUUCACCGUAUCUUAAGGCAGCUAAAGUUGGUUCAGAUAUAUUUUUAAUCGAAGCAGUUGAUCUCAUACAAGUGUCUAUGGUCACAUACAUCUGCAGAAGCGCAAUGCUCAUUUUUAAAUAAUAUUUUAGUUGCUGACUUAUGAGGGUGCCUGAAUUUUACACCAAGAUGAGACCCUUCCUCUGUCGCCAAUUUAGGACUGCGAUGUCUUUUCUGACUUAAAUUACAGCAGAUCACCUAAAAUGUAACAGAUAUUAUCAUACUAUUGGAAUGAAUCUAGAGCAUCGAUGCAAAUCCUAAAUCUUUACUAGUACUGUAAAAUGGAUUUCUUCAUUAAUGAAUGGCACUUUUACAGAAUCUGCAGCUAUGAUUUUAGUUUAUAUUUUUUUUAAAGACAUUUUGGCUUAGUUUCCAAGUCAGUGAUUCUUUCACUUGCUGCUAUUUUUUAUUUUUUUAAAUUAUCAGUCACGAUCACAGGGGACUUAAAUUUCUGUUUUGAUUCAGUAACAUCCACACCAUUUUUUUUUUUUCUAUUGCAAUUACCCCUCCCCUUUUUUUUUUUUCAAUAUACAUUGUGAAUUAAUUAUAUAUAUUAAAAAAUGGAAUGGCUUAGUAAAACUACUAAUUAAAAAAAAAAAAAAAUCCAAUGCUUAUAGUUUUAGCUCCUGAAAAUAGGAUUCAAAAUGAUAUUCCACAUCAUGAUUUCUGAUUUGUAGUAUUAGACAGUGCCACAGUGACAAUCAGCAGUGUUGGAUUAAGCUACAUUACCACUGCGAGUCUGUAGAAAUUCAUUCAAUUAUUAAUUUGUCCAUUAUCUCUCAUUCCACAACAUGAGAUAUUCAUACGAGUUUACGAUGUAUGCAACUGUACAUAUAAAUAUAUAUUCAACUUCUAAUCAGCAAUAAAAUAACUGAACAUGA